AUCUCUGCUGGCACAGCGGUUGGCCCCUUGCAGUAGCCGGAGCCCUGGUGCUCCACCUAGGCGCCCUUGAUGAGUCGCUGGUACGCACCCAGGACCUGUACCUCUGUAUUCGACCGGAGCCGGAAACGAACAAACCCCGUCUCUAUGCAGUUUGGCGCCGAGGAACUAACGCAACCGCCGCGAUCAGUGAUUCCAUUCCGACGACCAUUGCUGGCGGCCCUUCCCUUUCCAGAGAAGUCAUCUACCGUGAAUUGGAUCCGGCCAAAGAUCCAAUUACGCCCCUAGCUGUGGAAAUGCUGGCUGAGGAUUUGCCUGCACUGCUACAAAAUUUGCUGGUGGGAAUCGAACGCGCCAUUUGCCGGGUUCCCCUGGAGGAAUUAUCCUUCCCUACGACGGCUUCGUCAAACGGCGUUGGCCAAACGUCCGAGUGCCAGGCGUCCGAUUCCGAUGAUCGACAGAACAAUAACGGUCUGCUGAAAGAGCCGACCGAUCGGCAGGAAAAAUACAUCGUAAGUCCUGGCACCCCGAAGAUCGGACUCAAGCGCCGUGAACUCAUUACCAAGAACAAACUGAUCACCAACAAGUACGCAUUGAAAAGGAUCACCACCAACAACAGCAACAAUGGCAGUCUGACGGCGGCCUCGGUGGACCUUAAUCACAACAACAGUAACAAAAGCACCACAACCGUCAAUGGCGGCAACAACUUUAUAAAUCAUCACGAAACGAUCCCGUCAGAUAAAAGUGAAAACACUCAAACACGCAUCAACCAAGGCGGCAGCAUUCCGAGCAGUCGCAGCAGCAACAACAACAGCUAUGACGACCAAGAUCUAGCCGAGGAGGAGUCCAUCGAGAAGGACGGCAGCGGCGGCAAACUUUGCGACACAGGCGGCGGCGCCUCUUCGGCAAUCGCAUCCUGCUGGGGUAGUUCGAGCGUGGGUGGUGGAAGUGACAACAACGAUCAUCAUCAUCCGCCCCCAACGGCAACCGUCGAUUCCGCAGCGAUCGGCAACAACUCGAUGCCAUUAUUCUGCCUCGGCGGAUCGUUUCCUCACAUUGACAGUGACGAGGAGAGCGGCGACGAUAUGAAGAAAUGCGAUACAUCAGCAGCGCCAUCGUCACAUCAUCCGGAAGACAUCGUGGCCCCACGAUCGGUUCAAGAUUUGCCGGAGAAACUCCUAACGUCAGGAAUUUCAAUACCAGGAACCUACGACCGAUCCGGAUCGCCGCUGAUUUUCAUCGAAGUGGAGAAGUGUCUCGCGUCCGGCCUAAACUGUUACGAAAUUGCCACCGUUCUGCUGUAUUACAACACGCUACCCAUCCAAAGCCCUUCGCAGUACUGCAUUCACCUGCUGCUAAGCGGAAGCUCCCAGCUGGCAUUUUUGGAAACGCUGGAUAGUGCGCUGCAGCUACUGAAUGGUCAUCUGAAGUUCGGAUCGAUCUACGUAUCCGGCACGUACGACCCGGCGGACAACAAACACCCCCCGAAGGAACUGAUCCGGAAUCUGAACGUGCACAUCAAGUAUCUGAACAAUGAAACGGUUAAGAACUUCAUCGGUACCGACAACCUUCCGAUACGUUGCAGCGGGUUCUACGUGCACGAUCAGCGCGAAUGGAUCGACUUCUUCCGCACCUUGGAACCGCUACAGUUGCAGUGCGUCGAAACGGGCCGGAAGCUGGUCUGUGUGCUGAACGACAUCCGGAACCUGGAAGAUCAGGGAGGCAUUCCUACCAGACGUCAGCUGCACGCCCAGCAUCGGGCGCUCAGCCGGGCCCUGAUGGAUUCAGACUUGCAGAACCUUCGACGCAAAGGACCAAAUACCAUACAACGGCUGCAGGACAAGCUGACCGUCAUCAACAACAAACAAACGCUUAAACAAACCAAAAAUUUAGUUAGGAACACUAGUAUAGAUAGUAGUAACGGCUUCGGGGUCAGCUUGAACGCUGGUAACCAUCACCAACACCAACCGGCGAACAGUGGUCAAGAACAAGACCUCAUCAAUGGCCGCCUCGGGGAGGUGAUUUCCAUUUUCCAGGAAGUGGACCGGGCCGCCCGGAAGCUGGAGCAGCUAACGGAACAGAGGAGAGAAAGACUAAGGGAAAUGACGCGACAACGGGCGCUCGACGACGAAAUCAAUGAGGUUAUUUCGUGGAUACGAAACGACGGCAACCAAACGCUGCAGAAAUACAACGAUCCCACGUCGUUCGAGAAUGCCGACCGCGUCAAGGUCAUUAGUCAAGAGUUUGAAAAGUUCUACUUCGUCUCGAUGAAACACCUCUCGAAGGGAAAGGAUCUAUGCGAAGCGUCCAACGAGCUGGACAUCCUGAAGGAAACCCUCAAAACGUUGAAAACAACCGUGGAUCGGCACCAGGAACAGCUGGAGAAAACACGGGAACGCCUUGAGGGUGCAAGUCGGCUGCACAGCUUGAUGAAUGCACAUCAGUGCUACAAAACGAGCGAAGCGGACGAUGAAGAGCUGUUGAAGCUAGCCGAAGAGUUGAACGUGCCGGCGUUGCUCGAACGCUGCAGAACUCUCGUUUCAGUCAGUACCAACACGCAAGAUACCAACAACACUACCAGUUGCAGCGACAACAUCAGUUUAGAUAUAAGCCUGUCGGACGAAACCCUCACAGCAACCAGUACGCCGGAGAAGGGCAAGUUCGGUACAAUACCGAUUGUAGUUGAACCAGCAGACAAUCGUUGCAAACCAACAGAUCGACGCGAUCAGCACGAAAAUUCGCAUCAUCAGCACCGACACCAUCAUCAUCGGGGUGGUCAUCACGAUGAAGAAGAGGAGGAACAGUCCAAGAUGGCCGAUUCCGGACUCGGUGGAUGCGAUCGCUGCGAGGGAAACGAAAAACUUGAGCGAUCCUGUUCGUGCCAGAGCCUCAAUGACCCAAAAAAUGAUAGUAACAACGGCGACGAUUUGGAUGAGGACUGCUUUGAAGGAAUUGCAAAGCCUUCCCUAGAUCUACAGAUUCCGCUCCAGGCUAAUGCCCAUCUUUACUGUCACGCGUCCAACUUACAGUUGGAUUACGAGGAAAACAACAUCUUCGAUCAGAAGACGCAGAAGACGCUUCUGUUGAUCAUGCGUGAGAUGAUAGGAACAGAACGCGACUACGUGCGGUCGCUGCAGUACGUGAUCGAGAACUACACCCAAGAGCUGAUGCGUGAUGACAUUCCGCAGGCACUACGUGGCCAACGGAACGUCAUCUUUGGUAACAUUGAGCGGAUAUGCGAGUUUCACCAGCAGCAUUUCCUGAGCGAGUUGGAAAGUUGCGAACAUCACCCCAUAAAAGUCGGUAGUGCAUUUCUGCGGCACGAGUCUAAGUUUUACCUGUACGCACUGUACAACAAGAACAAACCAAAGAGCGAUUCUUUGAUGAGCGAAAAUGGCUCACAGUUUUUCAAGGCCAAGCAACUGGAGCUUAACGAUAAGAUGGAUCUGGCGUCGUAUUUGUUAAAGCCGGUGCAGCGAAUGGGCAAGUACGCUCUGCUUCUUCAACAGUUGAUGAAAGCUUGCUCUGUAGUACAGAGCUCUGCUAACCCGGAAAUCCUGGAAGAUCUAGAACAGUUACAGAAAGCCGAGGAGAUGGUUCGAUUCCAGCUUCGACACGGAAACGAUCUGCUGGCAAUGGACUCGUUACGCGAUUGCGAUGUCAACGUUAAAGAGCAAGGGCGUCUCCUGAGGCAGAACGAAUUUCUCGUUUGGGAAGGCAAGGCCGGUAAAAAGUCCCUGCGUCAAGUUUUUCUCUUCGAAGAACUGGUUCUAUUCAGCAAGGCCCGACGUUUUCCAGAUAGGAAGAAUCUCGAUAUCUACAUCUACAAGAACAGUAUCAAGACCUCCGACAUUGGACUGACGGCUCAUGUUGGAGAUUCGCCGUACAAAUUUGAACUGUGGUUCCGCAAGCGUAAACCUUGCGACACCUGGACGCUCCAAACGAUGAGCGAAGACAUCAAGAACGCCUGGACCGAAGAAGUAUCCAAACUGCUGUGGAAGCAGGCUAAACGUAACAGGGAAAUACGUAUGGCCGAAAUGUCUUCCAUGGGUAUCGGAAGUAAGCCCUGCUUGGACAUUCGCCCCAGCCAGGAUCAGAUCAAUGAUCGCUCUAUCAGCAUUUCGAUGUUUGGAAAAACUCCUAAACUGCGAAGUUCCUUCAUGGGUACGUUGCCCGAUUCGAAAAGUUCGAAGCGACCGCAAUCGAUCAUCUCGGUGAGUAGUUCGGCUUCGUCGUCCGGAAGUUCCGUGGUCAGCAGCAGUACCGGAACGGGUUCCACGGCAAGUGGUGGCUGCGAUAUGAGCAGUUCUUCCAACUCUGGGCAGAUCAGCCUGAGUGGAACCAAGAUAGGUGGGCUGCUUAGUACCGCACCCAGUAGUUCGGCAAUAUCGUCCGGUUGCAGCACCAGUAGCAGCAAUAGUAGUACCACAGCCAGUAUCACAACCUGCAAGCGGCUUACGCUUAACAUUACCGAUCCCAGCGCUCCGGCGCCUCUGAAGACCAACUUUAAGAAGCAUCAGCGCUCGACUACACUCGUGAGCCAAUGUUCAAUGGAAAGUGGCAUCAUAGCUGAUAUUUCUCUAAGUCCCGAAGAGGCCCUGGAAAACCCUCACUGGCCCCAUCAAAAGCAGCACGGUCUGCUGAAAAAAUCCAACAGCAUCGCCUCGACCAGCCAGGAAGCCGGUGGUAAAGCUACGGAAGAGUGCAACACAAAACCAAAACCAAAAGGAACCUCAGUUGAUCUGAACAACCCGGCAGCAACUUCCGCUCCUAGCAACGGUGCUGGAAAUACCGCGAAUGCCUCCGAAACUACGAUAACCGUCCAUUUUUGAAGUGGAGUAAUGAAUGAUAUGGAAACGUUUCCCAACCAAAUUGCUGGAAGUAUUUUUGUAUAAAACAAAAUUAAAUAAAAUCUACAUUUUCACAAGUCAACUUUGCCCUGUGAGUCACCAUACCCUGUCUUGUUUAGUCUAACGUACUAGCUGUAGCAGAUUUUUAUCUCUGAUAAUCUAACCCACGUAUUGUUUAAUCGUGUAUACAUUAGAACACAUGAUACUCUAUCAAUUUCUAUGAUACGAUUGUGUGUAAUGCGUGUACCUUUUCCGGAAUAAAACUAAAUUUAAAUUUAACCGAAAGUUGAACAAAUGAUCUAACAGAAGAAAAAACAAAUGUUCUAGUAGUCAGUUAUAUAACAAAAAAAUAAGGAGAUUUAUCCAAAUUUACCCAUUAUAUGUAGGAUUCGCUUACAUUCUUAUUUAUAUGAAAAAAUCAUGAAUGAUUAGAAGAAUAUACAUACAUUAAAAAGUUGGAAGCUGAACAAUGAUAUAGCUUGUUAGUAGAACAUUAUUCUUCUAUAUUGAUUCCAGUUAAAAAUGGGAGACGAGAGCAUAUGAAACUUUCAUUUCCUUAUUCCCGAUUGGAAACCAUUUGAGCAAAUCUGCCCUAGCUAAAGCCAUCGUAUCAAACCAAUUUCCUUAUUAGUGUUAUGUUCCCAUUUUGACCGAUCGAUUAAUUUGCGAAACUUUCGCCUUGAAGCUUUACUUAUAAGGUUUUACCAGUAAAAUGAAACCGAACAGUAGUUGAUAAAUAAAAUCAUAGGGUAAGACCAUCAUAAGACAUUCACACAUUCAAAAAUACGAAAAUACCACAUAACGUCGUAAUAUUGAUUAUAUGCGUCUAUAGUUAAUAUAUCGAACACAACCGUGCCCCAUUUGCGAUUAUUUGUGUUUUACUAGGUAAGCGAGAUAAUUUAUAAUCACACACAAACCCGUUCUAAAUCGCUUCUAAUAAUUUAUCCAAACGAAAUUUCUGUCCGAAGUUUUGAGCGAUUGAGUUUUUUCUUUGCUUUGCCCUUUGUGCUACUAUUAGUCAAGAUUCGUAUAUAUUUUGUAUAUUACAGAUUAUAUAAAGUGCAUGUAUAUUGGAAUUAAGCUCCCGUAGACGUACAUCUAAAAAAAGCUAUUAAAAAUGUUUUAUUUACCACUAA